CAUAGUAACUUUUCAGGGCGCAAAAACAAGUGGCGGGAGCUCGUCUAUCCAAAGUUUUACAGCACUCUCUCACUUUUUAGAGCUGUGCGAUACAAAGAAAUGGAAGAAGAUUCUCCAGAAAGAUCUGGAGCACAAUCUCGCGUUUCAAGCGCAGCCUCCUCUCAUUAUAACGAAGAAGAUCAUGGGUAUGAAGACGGCGAAGUGAGAGCUUCUCCGACGUCACUUGUAAGUCUUUAGUGACACUUUAUACUUGAGCUCACUAUUAGUUCUUUCCAUAAGAGUAAAUGGUUAUAGGUAACGCUGCGUCUUCUGUUUCUCAGAAUAUGUCGUGGUCGUUUGGCGUAAACAAACAUGUCCCUGUUCACAAUUUGUCAGAUGGGAAUCGAAAGGUAACAGUGAAAAUUAAAUUGUUCACGAAUCUAUUUUUAGUAAAGAAUCUUCCAUACAGAUAAGGUGCUUCCUAAUAAAACAAUUUUUUGGCUUUUAGGUGGCCUUGUUUGUGUGUGCACAUGUCGGUGUUAUGUUUGACUGGGAAGGAAAUAAACAACAGCUUCUUCAAGGGCAUGUAAGCUUCACACUUGUAUUUAAUAUCCGUACCCCCCUCUCCCGGUUGCGGACCUACAUUGUACCUUUUCCUCUUACCCCUGAAGAUAAAAAAAAAAUGCUUUCACCCCUGAAGACUUCCAUAAAAUAUGGAUCUUCCCCCUGUCAAUUGCUGAAGAAUAUGGCACUACCCUUGUAGAAUGUGGCUCAACUACUGAAGAAUAUGGGUAAAUCCUUGAAGAAUUUCAUGAAAAUUAAAGCUUCUCCCUGGAAGAAGUCCAUAUUUUUUCACCCUGCCGGUUAAAAAAUCCUCAAUUUUUAUAACUUACCCCUGAAGAAUUCCAUUGGUCCUCAACCAGGAGGGCGGGGUACAGAUAUUUAAUGCAAUGGCCCAUUUUGAAAAUGGAAUCUGUUCCGCUACAUACUUUUUCUUUGUACCCGUUUGGGAGCUGUGCAGAGCUGUCAUUAAGCACUGUAACCCAUAACACUUGUUAUGGUUGAGCACUCUUGAUGUUAUGGGUAAUCAAAGUGGAAAGCCAAGGAUGGCACUGUAGAUUAUUAUGAGAUGUUACGGGUGAAUCUUUAGUUGUUACGGGUGCUUAGAAACUUAAUGACAGCCCUGCUGUGCACUAUUAAGUUUUUUAAUGGUGCUUUUUUAUUCCUUGCUAUGUGUUUACUAAGUGUAAUGCUAUCAGCUGUACUUGUGUCAGUGAAGACAGGAGGUGGAUUGCAACAGCAGACAGAGGCAAGGACAGUAUGGUCAUCAUUUGGGACUCAUUUACAACGUAAGAUUAUAGAAUAUAUUUUGUAGACGCAGUUAUUGCAGUAAACAACAAAGAGCGCCAGCUUACCGUAAAAUUCCGAAAAUAAGCCCCGGGGCUUAUAUUUUUCAAAGGCCCUUUUUGAGGGACUUAUAUUCGGAGGGGCUUAUGUGCGGAGGGAAAUUUGCGUUUCAAAAUCAAUUGGGCUAGCUUGUUGUGGGAAGGAAAUUUAUCGUUUUUGUUUUGUUUUACUUUGUAUAUUCAGAGGGGCGAUUUAACGGAGGGUUUUUUGGGUUAUGAUUUUGGGGGGCUAAUAUUUGGAGGGGCUUAUACAUGGAGGGGCUUAUUUUCAGAAUUUUACAGCAUGUUAUUGCUCAGCACCCUGGGGAGGGAGGAUCUGGGUUUGGGGGUACUCCUAUAAAAUUACUCUAGGGGUGUACUGUUGAGUCUUUGAAACUGUUCCAGAGAAAAUAAGAUGGAUUGUCAAAAAUCACGAUAAUCAUCAUCAUCAUCAUCAUCAUCAUUUUAACAAAUAGAUUCCAUGUUGUCAUGCGUCUGUUCAGUAAUAGAUCACAGAUGACGUCAAAUGUGGUAAAAACAAAGUAGUGGCACACGAGCCGCAGGCAAAUGUGUCACUGAUGUUUUUACCACAUUUUGACGUCUUCUGUGAUCUAUUACUGAACAGACCCACGGUAACGUGGAAUCUAUUAUUUGUUUUAUACAAUGAUCAGAAAAGUGUUAAGACUGAUACACAUAAGCUUACCUGCAUCAUGCCGCUUGACUGUUCAAGGAUUUGUGCUAGUUUGGCUAAUUUUAAGUCUCAAGUGUUAUUUUAGGUCUUGACUUCUUUUCUUCUUUAUGUACAGUUUCUUCAAAAAGUGUUUUAAUGUCUUGACUUUCUCAAAGCAGAAUAAUGGCAAAAACAUUUUGCAAAACAGCAAGUCUCUCAUAGCGAUGACACACGAUGGCAACUGAUGUGAAGAUUUCUUGCAGUUUAGGCAUUCUCAAAUUGUCAAGAACUCUUCCUGUUUCCAUUUCUCCAAUUUUUCUUCUUUGUAUUUAGCUUCUGCUAAACUUUUUACGGGGCUUUCACAUGCUUCAUUCAAAAUUAUAUCACAAACAUUUCAAAACUGCGCACCAUGUUAACGAAACAAGGAAAACAAGUUUCUCGUGACAUCAUCCAUUUAUCUGUACUCUGAUAGAUCAUGGGUAACAACCAAUCACAGUGUACGUAGCAUUCACAUCAUUGUAAAAAUAAUUAAAUAUUAUUGUAAUGAUUAUUAUUCAUACAAUGUAUUAUUGUAAAGAGAUGUCAUACUAUAAUAAGUGUGUCGUUCAAAGUGUGUGUGAUAAGCUUAGCUGAUCAAGCAUGCUCCUCUUUCAGUGAGGUAGUUAACCUUUAGAUUGAUUUUGUUCCUAUCAUAAUAUCAGAACAAAUACAUAACAUUAUAACGUUGUUUUUUUUACAGGCCAGGGUUGAUUAGUUUAAUAUAAUAUUAUUCUCUCUUCUUUAUGUGUGUAUUAUGUUCACAUUAACAUGUGUAUGCCUCACAGGAUUCCAGUUCAGACUAUAUUUGAAGCACAUUCUGAUGGCUGUGCUGCUAUUGCGAUGUCACCUGAUGCCAAGUAUAUUGCAACAAUAAGCAGCACACUCCCACAGGUACAUAAUAUUUAAACAUACCCUGUAUGAUAUCAGGGAUUGAAAAAACUUGAAUUCCGGCUUGUCCUUGGGACAAGAAGCUCUCUUAUUUUGCUCGCCUGGAGCCACUUCUUGCUCCUCUUAGUUUAUGCAUUCGUGAGAGGUUGACUUGCCUAGACCCUUACCCUUUGGGCAAGUAAGCUUUAAAAGCUACUCGCCCAGCUAGAAUAUUUUACUGGUCCUGGACUAGUGGAAGGGACUUUUUUUCAAGCCCUGAGAUAAAUGUGAUGUUUUUGGUUUCUCUAUGUCAUGACUUCCUUUUAAUUAGUUGCUGUUGUCAUUGAAUAGUUGUGUCUGUUAACCAACUAUGUUACACAUUUUGCUUAGGGCUUGUUGAUAAAAAAAUGCCUCAGCUCUUGCCCUGAGCAAUUGUAUUAAAAGAAGCUAUGUGUUUGACCUGAUUUAAUGAAUUACAUCACUUCACGCACUGUGGUUUUUUUGGAUAAGUGAUUAGUGAGUCAGGUAUGGAGGUCAACAGUUAAGCUUUUUGGUGUCUCCUUAUUAGAAAAUUUAUACUACUACGUGAGAAAUUUCUGCAAUUUGAUUAGCUUAGAGCAGUGGUAUUUCAGCUUAAUUUGAAAUACCUACAUGUGAAAAUUACAAACCUUUUGUGGGUAGUAGUAUAAACAAAUAAUAGCAUGAUUUGUACAUGAUAUUUGGCAUAAAUACCACUCGUGAUAUCUCAAAAUUGUCUCAAAUUUCACUCGCCUAAUGGCUCAUGAAAUUACGUACAACAAUUUCGAAAUAUCACUCAUGGUAUUUAUGCCAAAUAUCACUACAAAUCAUGCUAUUACCUAUACAAAUUUUCCUCUUUAUAGACAUUGCCUCUGUUUACCUUGGUGGUGUAAAAAGUAUACAAGCUCAGUGUAAUUAAAUUUAUUAUUGUCUGGAGUAACUUUAUCCUUAUCAAGCAUCCCAUCCAAGGUGGAAACUUAAUAGCAAUGCUUUUUGGUUUGCUAUACCUCACAAACUGUGAAAAGCUCUCCUAUAGCUAUGAGAGCCUUCUACAUGGCUUGAGCACACCCUCUCUUGCUUGCUAUUAACAGUAAAGUUAAUUGGACUGUUGGAGAAUUAACACAAUGUUAUGUCAACCAGGAAACAGUCAAUCAUUUAAUUUGAUUAAAGAUUAUUCAUCUGAAAUACAAUUACAUACCACACAAUUACUGAAUGGUUUGAGCAUUUACAAUAUUGUUAUGAUUCAAGUGAGUAAAACUGAACUGAAAAUACAAGAUAGCAAACUGAAACUUACUUCUGUUGCUGGUUUCCCAUAAACGAUAAAUCUCUGGUUUGAAACUGGAACUGGAACUAAAAACUGAUUAAUUGACUUUCCUGAAUCUAUCACAGGUAAAACUGGUGAGCUGAUUAACAGGAAAUUCUUUGUAAUGGAACAGAUCAAAACAGUUAUGGCGUCAACACUGAAUUGAUGAGAAACUCCUGUUAAAUGUGGCUCUUUGUAAAACUGUAACUGCACAAGAGAAAACCAUCUGUGUAACUAACUGAAGUACAAUUUCUUUGAGCCUGCAGAUGCACUAAUCACGAAUAAGAGUAUGAGUUCUUUCAUUAUUGUAACAUUAAUGAAAGUCCUUCUUCCUUUAGACUGUGUCUGUGUGGGAUUGGACCAAUAAUGGUGACACACCUGUUUGUUCUGCAACAUUGGAUGACAACUUUGGAAAGCAGGUCAGAGAUAAAGACUAAAUCUGUUCUAAUGAUAUCCUGGUACAUUUUACUGAUGGUAUUUAAUUUCUUUGAGUCCUCAAAACCUAUUUACUAUCAAGUGAUGUUCUAGUUUUUGUUCUGUUUCAAUAGACGUAUAUCACAUUCAACCCUGAGGACACAAGUCAACUUGUGAGCAACAGUGAGUCGCAAGUGGUCUUUUAUGCAUGGGUAAGCUCAAAGAUUGUGAUAAAAGUUUAUUUGUGAAAGAGUUUUCUUAUUGCUUUUCAUGUCAUAACUAGCUUUUUCUAUUGGUGCAUUUUGCAUGUAAGAUAGUUAAUCUUUGAGUGCAAAUUGCAACACUGCUUGAAGGUGACCUUGACAACUCUGGAAGGUACUUGUACAGUCAGGAGGUAACCUCACACUGAUAAAAUCUGUGGAAUGCUUGCAGUGCACCUGACCUAUAUGUACCUGCUUGUUGGGAAGGAAGUAUGCAGUGAUCAACAAUAAUUUCCAUAUCUUUGUUACCUGCAAGGAUCAUUAAGCUGAUCGGUCAAAGAGCAUGUGAGGCUGUUAGCAGAUAGUGGCCCUUUAAACUCUGAAAGGCUACCACAAAGAAUGCUUGGUUAAUGACAGUGGCAGUGCUGGCUUUGUGAUUGCUUUGAAGUCAUCCAUGCCUAAGUUUCUUCUAGCUUAAUGUGAAAAAUGAAAUUGCUUCAUGUAAACUUAAUUCUUACUCCAGGGUUCUCAUUAAGUGCCAACAGCCAGUUAAAAAGCCAGCAACUUGGAGGUUUGAGUGGUCUACUCUUUAGGGAAAUAGGGUAAUGAGAGAGAGAGAAUGAACGCCUGAAAAUGCCUAUACAGCAUUCAGUUACCAAGCCACCUACUUUUACUUUGUAGCCAUCUACUUGAAACUAAAUGAGAACUCUGUUACUCAGUUGGGCAGAUAAGGGGAUAUGUAGGGAAUUUUGUUGUUACUUUAAUUGCUUUAAUCAUGAAUAAAUUGUCCUUUUUAUCUAAUGUCUAGGAUAACAAGACCCUGGAGUAUGUUGCUCCCCCCCUUACAGACAAGGUAAUUUGUGAAUCCAUUGUUGUUUUGCAAACUUUCGGAAAUACAGUGUAUGCUAUUUAUUUGUACUUAUGAUCAGUUGUUGAACUUUUGAACCCCUAAGAGUGCUCAAAAUCAAAAUUUAAGGGAAAAAUAGUCAUAGAGAGAAGUUACUGUUUUAAUUUUUAAAAACGCUCUUAAUAUAAAUUGUCAAUCAAAAUGUCUAAUGGUUCUGACUUCAAAUGUUGCUUUCAGGACUUCAAUCGUAGUGUAAGUGAGUAAAACUGAACUGAAAAUACAAGAUAGCAAACUGAAACUUACUUCUGUUGCUGGUUUCCCAUAAACGAUAAAUCUCUGGUUUGAAACUGGAACUGGAACUAAAAACUGAUUAAUUGACUUUCCUGCAUCUAUCACAGGUAAAACUGGUGAGCUGAUUAACAGGAAAUUCUUUGUAAUGGAACAGAUCAAAACAGUUAUGGCGUCAACACUGAGUUGAUGAGAAACUCCUGUUAAAUGUGGCUCUUUGUAAAACUGUAACUGCACAAGAGAAAACCAUCUGUGUAACUAACUGAAGUACAAUUUCUUUGAGCCUGCAGACGCACUAAUCACAUGUUACACCAAGUCUGUUUCAUUAUUGUAACAUUAAUGAAAGUGUUUCUUCCUUUAGACUGUGUCUGUGUGGGAUUGGACCAAUAAUGGUGACACACCUGUUUGUUCUGCAACAUUGGAUGACAACUUUGGAAAGCAGGUCAGAGAUAAAGAAUGAAUCUGUUCUAAUGAUAUCCUGGUACAUUUUACUGAUGGUAUUAAGUCCUCAAAACCUAUUUACUAUCAAGUGAUGUUUUAGUUUUUGUUCUGUUUCAAUAGACGUAUAUCACAUUCAACCCUGAAGACACAAGUCAACUUGUGAGCAACAGUGAGUCGCAAGUGGUCUUUUAUGCAUGGGUAAGCUCAAAGAUUGUGAUGAAACUUUAUUUAUGAAAGAGUUUUCUUAUUGCUUUUCAUGUCAAAACUAGCUUUUUCCAUUGGUGUAUUUUGCAUGUAAGAUAGUUAAUCUUUGAGUGCAAAUUGCAACACUGCUCGAAGGUGACCUUGACAACCCUGGAAGGUACUUGUACAUUCACAAGAUAACCUCACACUGAUAAAAUCUGUGGAAUGCUUGCAGUGCACCUGACCUAUAUGUACCUGCUUGUUGGGAAGGAAUUAUGCAGUGAUCAACAAUAAUUUCCAUAUCUUUGUUACCUGCAAGGAUCAUUAAGCUGAUCGGUCAAAGAGCAUGUGAGGCUGUUAGCAGAUAGUAGCCCUUCAAAGUCUGAAAGGCUACCACAAAGAAUGCUUGGUUAAUGACAGUGGCAGUGCUGGCUUUGUGAUUGUUUUGAGGUCAUCCAUGCCUAAGUUUCUUCUAGCUUAAUGUGAAAAAUGAAAUUGCUUCAUGUAAACUCAAUUCUUACUCCAGGGUUCUCAUUAAGUGCCAACAGCCGGUUAAAAAGCCAGCAACUUGGAGGUUUGAGUGGUCUACUCUUUAGGGAAAUAGGGUAAUGAGAGAGAGAGAGUGAAAGCCUGAAAAUGCCUAUACAGCAUUCAGUUACCAAGCCACCUACUUUUACUUUGUAGCCAUCUACUUGAAACUAAAUGAGAAUUCUGUUACUCAGUUGGGCAGAUAAGGGGAUAUGUAGGGAAUUUUGUUGUGACUUUAAUUGCUUUAAUCAUGAAUAAAUUGUCCUUUUUAUCUAACGUCUAGGAUAACAAGACCCUGGAGUAUGUUGCUCCACCCCUUACAGACAAGGUAAUUUGUGAAUCCAUUGUUGUUUUGCAAACUUUCGGAAAUACAGUGUAUGCUAUUUAUUUGCACUUAUGAUCAGUUGUUGAACUUUUGAACUCCUAAGAGUGGUCAAAAUCAAAAUUUAAGGGAAAAGUAGUCAUAGACAUAGAGAGAAGUUACUGUUUUAAUUUUUAAAAACGCUCUUAAUAUAAAUUGUCAAUCAAAAUGUCUAAUGGUUCUGACUUCAAAUGUUGCUUUCAGGACUUCAAUCGUAGUGUCGGCCUGUACAGUCAGUCCAUUUUUCAGCUUCAGUCUCCCAGAGCCCUCACUGCCACAAGCUGUGGUAACAUUGUAGUUUGGGAACAUGCUGGGGGCGACCUCAAGUGCAACAGAAAAGCCUUCAAGAUUGUCAAAUUGCAGGAAAAAGGUCUUACAGUCCUCACUACUACUGACAAGUAAGAAUCAAAGACGUGUUAUUAAGGUGUUUUGAUACAGUUUUUAGAAGACUGUGCUAUACACUAUUCCUUAUUAGUUACAGGAAGGUGGCCCUCCCUAAGUGAAAUCAUCAUUAAUUUGCAUCACUCACUGGUUUUGGAUUGAAGUUUGAAAUCAAACAGUUUCUGGUAAAACUGAUAUUACGAUGGCAAUAAAAAACAAAAGAGUUCGAAAUCAGCAAAAUGUAAAUUAGGCCAACCUUGUGCUGCCAUUGAAAGUCCAACCUCUUGUGCAAGAAAAAUUCAGUUGGGUCAAAUUUCAAUAUAUUGUCAAGACAUUUCAAUCUUCAUUCUUUUUAUUACAGUAACAAAAGCACCAUAAUCAAAUUCUGUAUUUUCUAAAAAUUAAUUAUUCAGAGUUAGUGUCACACUUAAAGACCAAGAGUUAUGUACCAACCCUUUAAGGUUGUAGUAAGGCUGUCUAGUGUAGUAUUGUUGGGGUAGAUGUAUUUACUGGGUAGGGUAUAUACCAUGUUUUUCAAAGUUUUGGUAACUAAUUAAAUUAUAAUAAUAUCCUUUUAUUCUAGGUACAUUGUGACAGGUGACAUUUCUGGUCAUGUGCGAUUUCUCGAUCAGCAGCUGAGGCUUACAAAUUGGUAUGACUGAUUUGUCUUUUGAAACAUGUCUAAAUGAAGAAUGCAAAAGUAGGUGGGGAAGUGGGCAUUGAGCCAUCACUACUGUCACUUUACAUUAAUUUAGUGAUGGUGGCAAGUAUUUUUGUGGAACGUUGUUGGGAUAAUUAGCACUGUUUAUUAAAAUGAGUGAUUCAAGAAAAUAUCUACCUCUACCUCAUGCAGGGUCACUGGAAAAGUUUCCUUCAGGCUUUCAGCCUGAUAUUUAAGCAAAACUAGUAUUUUUAGAGGGAGAGGGCUCAAACCAAAUGAACCCUCUAGUGGAGGAAGUUUGAGUAUUUUCUGGAACAAUAUAAUAAUGAUAAUGAUAAUAAGAAUAAUUAUGAUAACAAUAAUGAUAAUAAUAAUGACAUCAUGAUAAUGAUAAUAAUAAUAAUAAUAGUGGUAGUAGUAGUAGUAGCAGUAGUAGUGGUGGUACGGUGGUGGUGGUGGUGGUAGUAGUAGUAGUAGUAGUAGUAGUGGUAGUAGUUGUAAUGAAAAUAAAAAUAAUAAUAAUUUUAUUGUUGGAUGUCAUUCUCAUCACUGCUUUUUUCAGUUCACUGACCUGUCUUGUUCACCUAUAAUUUUUGUUUUUGCCCUCUAAAUCCUUCCUUGUUUUAGUCAUUCCUAUAUACCACAAUUUACAGGUACAAACACUUCAAUGCAGGACCAAUUAAUGCAGUGUCAUUUUCUUAUUCACCCAAACCAGCUGAUGCACAGUAAGUCUAGAACUUAUAAAGCAGUAUUUUUUGUAAACUGUUAUUACCGGUAGCUUGAGAGCACAACUACUGACAGCCUUUGUGGGAAAAGGAAAAGCCCACUGCAGUUAAAACUUUCUGUACCUUGAUUCCCAAACUUGAAUCUUCAGUAAUUCAGUUCACAGGUCUUUUUGAGAUAAAAAAAUAUUCCAGUUUACUAGUGUGUUGCAGUCAUUUUACAAGUAUGAUGAAGAAACAUGCUGAAUUUAUUUAUUAAUAAUGUGUAUAUUUCCUUUUUAGGACUCCACAGGAAAAAACAAACUUUCCUGCUAGCUCAACUUUAGAUGGCAGUCCAUUUUUGGUGAAUGAUUUUGUGAUCAGUACUUCAACAGCCAACGUAGCUCAUUUUGUUACAAAUGGAAGUGAACUUCAGGUAUGAACUUUCUGUUAAUGAGGUUUCCAGAUAGGAAAAUCACUGAAUGUUUCUUUUUCAGUCAUCUACAUUAUUCAGGGUUUGCUUUUAUUAUCCCCAAUUAGCUGUAUUAGCUAAACUGAUCGACCCUUAAGUAAAGCUUUUCUGUUAAAAAGAAAGUUGUUAUCAGAAAGUCCAGUAAGCACACUUGAAGAAGCUUUUUCACAGUUGUCUAGUUCAUUUUGUUGGUAAUGCCAAUUACAUGACCUUUUUUGCUAUGGAAGUUGUGAAUGGCAAACUUACAGCCUGAUGUCAAGCAAACAUGUCUCCUGUGCCUUAUAUCGAAUCUUACAAACAAAAAAGUUACUUUAAUAAACUGUUAGGCUAAGAAGUUUUCAACACCACAAUUGUAAUCCAUUUCAAUCUUUUCCUUGUCCAUUCCUCCUUUUUGUAUUUGCUGUGCUUUUUAUACCAUCUUUUUGAGUUUUGAGGACGUAUCAAAAAUUUUUUUCUCAGUUCGGUAGCGGUUUGCACUGUUUAAGUUUUGGUGAAUUUUGUGACACAGCGCCUUUUAUAACACACUGUUCUGUUGAUUUUGGAUUGCAGUUUAUUCACAAGGAGCAUGACAGUGAUACUCAUGCAAUAGCUUGUCAUCCCUCAGAGUGAGUAUUUUAUACUGCACGUCAAGUAACAGCAGCAUCACCCUUAAUAUCAUGUUGGAUUCCAUGAUCUUUGACCUAGUUUAUUCCAAAUUUAUCACGGUUAAACAGCUGUUGUUAUCAUUUCAGGCCAAGACUUUGUAUUGGAAGUUUUUCAGGCCUACUCCAACUUUGGGAUUAUGAGAAAAAGUAAGUGGAUAUUCUGUUCAUGUUUGUCACAUGAACCUAUUGUAGUUUAGUGGCCUUAGCUCCCAUGAGUGUCCUGUAGCUCAGUGGUAGAGCAUCUGGACUAGUAAACAGUUGGGAGUACUCAGAUUUUUUCUUCUGAGCCGCCUGUGUCACUAACUGAAAAAACACCUUUCUUAGUAUUCACCAGGCCUAAAAUUCACCAUCACAUUUGCAAUGCAAUUGGUCUGUUAACUGUUUAAUCUCCAGUAUAGUGGGAUUAGACUGAGUUUAUUGAUCCAAACAGAUCAUUUGAAUUUUUAAAGUAUUUAAGAGUUUUAAAAUGUUUUUUGUGUUGUCUGACAGAGAACUGCUGACAAGUCGGGUGUUUGACCAACGCCAGCUGAUGAUUCAGUGCAUGACUUUCAAUCCAACUGGAGAUCUUUUAGGUUGGUUCUCAGAUUACUUACAGUUUGUUAUUUUCUUGUGUGAAGAUAUCAUUUUUUCACGAAAGCUUACCUGAUAUUUCAUUGGUGGUUAAAUAAUUAUAGUUUAACAUUUUUUGUGUUUAUUCUCAGCUAUUGGAUUCACUAAUGGCAGUGUACGUAUUGUUGAUGGUUUGACACUGAAGGAAGAGGGGCGUGGAGAUGGACUUGCCGUGUUUAACCAUUGCCAUGACUGCAUCACUAACAUCAAAUUCUCUCAUGACUCAAACUACUUAGCGACCAGUGUGAGUAAUCAUAUCACAUUAAUGUAAGACCAGUCAAUUGUGUAAAUCUGCCUCGCGUUAAAAAAUAUGAUCAUGUGGCAUUUUUGGUUGAUUGUAUUUCAGUCAAACCUUACUUUUUGUCUCUCCAUCACGCAAAAAAUUACAAGUGAAACCAAGGUAGAUCUUGAUCGCAGUAAUUGUUUUUGAUUGAAAUAUUGUAUGGCCAGUUUAAAUGAGUUUACAGGGUCAUAGCCCAAGGUUAUAAAAAUUGUCAGGUUUUCUUUGGGCUCCAGCAAGGCUCCAGAGGUUAUUGACAAGGCUUUAUAUGCAUUUAUUUCUUUCCCACCUUGCAUAAUGGAAUGGUUGUUACUGAUAUCUUGGACCUUAGCCACUGGUGGUGUUCAGGUCAUAAGGGGAGUAGCCUUGCUCGAUGACUAAAGAUGGUGAUGUAGGUCAUUAGCCUGUCUUAUAAUUUUAGAAGUUUUAAUGACAUGUCCUUUCCCUCAGGAUCUAGACCGCUGUGUAACAGUUUUCAAGGCUCAGAAAGACGAUACAGACCAACCUUGGGUUUAUGUUGGCAAACAGAGAGCUCAUUACAAAACUAUUCAUGGUGAGAAAGACUCUAGUAACACCCUUAGAAAAUUGUUGUUUGUAAAAAUAUCAACAAAGGCUUCAGUGUUUCCAGUAUCCCCCAAAUUUUAUGCUGUAAAUCCUCUAAUAGGCCCCCUGGGGGCUUAUUUAUUUCAAGCACAUGAAAUAAGGGAAGGGGGACUAAAGAGAGGCGGAGAGGGGGGCACUAGUAACUACUUCCCCAGAAAACAGGGGGGCUUAUUAAAGAGGGAGUACUUAUUUAAGAGGUGGCCUUAAUCGAGGAUUUACGGUAAAUAUGUUUUUAUUCCUUGAAAAUUAGCCUCAUGUGGUUGAGUCUGCACUGAAAUGGACAGCUCUCCAUAUGACCAAAGAAAGACCUUCAUUCUUUUAUUGAUUCGAUUAUUAUUUUUUUUAUCUACAGAUAUUAGCUUUGGUAUUGCUCUUGAUAGUGACAUACCUUGGCUUCUGUCGCUUGGCCAGGACAGAGUUCUGGUAUGUGUAUAUCCUUUUACACUGUCUUCAGUAGUUUUAUUCAUAGUAGCCUUCAACGCAGGCUUUCUUAGGGCUUGGUCACGGAGGCAUGUUUUGAAGUUGUGUAUAUUGUCAUUGAAAGAUUUAACUGAGGGGUUUUUGAAUUUUUUCUGAAAUAUAUGGACUUACUGGAGUCUCGUGCCAAAUUUAUCGAGGUCUAGAGUGCUCAUCUCCUAGCUUUUGAAUUGCUCUGUGACUGGUCUACUUUUUUUAAUGGCUCGUUUCCUUAGAGGUUCAUUGGGGAGGCUAAUUCAUAUGCUGUCAGUUGUAUGCAUACUUGAAUAUUCUUCUCGUAGUGGCAGAAAAAUGAGCCGGUAAUUAUUAUGUCCACUCAACACAUUCCUAUACCUCGUUCACACCAAUGCUUAAACAUGUUUAAAUAAUGUUUUAGUUUCUUAAUCAUAUUGCAUCACGUGAAAUGUCUGAACAUGUGGUCGAGUUAACAUGGUUACUGUAUGUUGCCAAGCUUUGCUAAGGGACCCUCCUACCCUUGUCUUAGAGAUGACUUCAAUAUAGUAGUCUGCUCCACAGGCGUUCUUUUAUGUCGUCAUGCAAUGCUCCUCCCCUCCUGCGGGGAGGAGCAUUGCGUGACGACACAAAGAACGCCUGUGUAGCAGGCUAACAAAAUAGAGGUCCGAUUACAUGUUUCUUGUCAUUUGUUUUUAACAAGGUGGAGUAUGAUCUUCUAAACAGCAGCACUGAUGACCUCCGUCUUAUCAGCUCAGAGAGAAUUGAACAAAGUGCUGUGCCUCAGUGCUUUGCUUGGUAUCCACCGAUUGUCAAGGAGAACUUCCUUUUAGUGGCUAACGAUCAGGUAAUAGAUCUCUUGUAGGAGAGUCAAAAUUAAUAGAGAGGGGUUGAUUGAAAAGGUUUCUUCAUUUCCUUUUUCACCACUGAUUUGUUAUUUUGUUCUCUAUGCAGUUUAAACUGAAGCUAUACAACUCGACUACAAAAAUGUGUAGACAAACGCUGCUGGGACCAACAUAUGGGACCCCUCUCAGGAGGUACUUGUUUUUACGUAAUGUCUUGCCCGUAUUAGUUUACGUACCUACGUCAUCAGUAUGAUCCUUUUUCAAUCUUCUCCCUCCCCCAUAGGGAGCUCAAGCAGAGGAGUUUGACAUUGAUAUCACUUUAAUUAGCCUUGCUUUAUGUAAACCCAAAGCAAUCGUGAAUAACCUUCAAUAUAGCCUUUGUAGCUAUCGUUUCCGAUGAAUUUACUGGCUCAAAGUUGGAACGAGAAUACCCUGGCUUCAGAGGUGUGACUGUAGAUGAAAGAAACCGUGCUCACGGUGACCUAUCAGGAAUUUUAGAAGGAAAAAAAUUAACAUUUGGAAACCAGGGUAGAACGAGAGCAAAAUAAAACCAAAAAAAAUGUUAAAAAGGGGGCGGGGGUGUGAGGGCUCCCCUCCCUCUCCCUCUUCGUCCCUCUAUUUCGCAUCUCGUCAACUUUCUUGACGGACUCGCGCGGAAAUGCUUGCUACGCAGGUACCCUGGUCCCGUAGAUUUUUCUUGGAAUUUUUCUCCUCUUGAGAGCCCCCCCCCUUCCUCCGCUCUCUGUCACGGAGAGAAUAAUUUCGCGAAAAACCUCUGGGACCAGGGUAGCCACGCGGGCUGCCUUCAAUGAAAAUCCUCUUUAUUAUAACUUGACUGGUUUAUUGUGGUUUGUAUUCUCAGACUAAUCGUGCUUCCAUCAUAUGAGGACAGAACAACGCGAUAUCUUGCCUACAUCACAUUAGACAAGGUAAAGUGUGUAAAAAUGAGCUUAAGCACCGACGACGGCGAAAACGUCACUUUGAAAAUGAAUUCUCGUUUUUCAAACUUUUCCGCGUUUAUUCCAAUUCGUUUGAAAUGUCAAAUGUGGGCAAAUUUCCCUGGAGUUGAUUUCUUGAGGACCGCACCCAAGUUUAGAAAGAGAAAGAAAAAUUCGUCGUCGCUUGUUUACGUCCUCUGUAAAGCUCUCUAAAGCUCCCUACUGCCUGUUUGCGAAGAAAAUGCUUUGGACGAGAGUGUUUGUAUCUUUUUUUGCUGUCCUUCUUCAGGUUGGCCUCCAGAUUUUACCGUUGGAUGGCAAUCCACACAAAACCAUGGCGUUAAUAGCUCAUCCAGAAGGCGUAAGUCUUUUUUCUUAAGCAUCAUACCGGCUUGUAUCUUCUGAGCUAGAUUUAUGUGCUUUAAACUAACUUUACCUAUUUUUGUCCCCGCCUUAUAAAAUCUGCUUAGCUUUUUUUAAUUUUUUUUACUUUUUUCUUAAAAAUAAAGUUGGUUUUGUCAUUUGAGAUUUCAUGUAUUGACUUUUGUGCAAAAAGACGAAAUAAAAACUUGUGUUUCGAACGCUAGAAAAUUGAGAGAGAACAUUCAGAGGUGGUCAGUAACCUUGAUAAAGUGUACUUUUUAUUUAAAGUACACCAAAUUAUCUAUUUAUAUGGCAAAUAACCACACGAGGUGCAAUUUACUAGUAGGAUCUCGAAACCAAAAUGUCAGGAUGCGAGCAACCUUGCCAUUUGAAAGUGAAAGUGCUCUGAGGCAAGAGUUCACACACUAGGAGAGAGAUAUUUAGGCGAGGGAGUAGAACUGAAGUCACUUUAAAACAGCUAUGACUGCAAUAGCUGCAUUUGUUUUUGUUACUGUUUUUUCUUUCUUUCUCAUAGGUGUCUAAUUUAGUGUGCUCAUAUGAUGGGAAAUACGUUUUCACUGCUGGUGGAGAAGACUGCAGUGUAUUGAUGUGGGACAUUAACCUAGAGUAAGUGUUUAACGUAAGGAGCGUGUUCGAUAGCCAAACUAAGAGUCAUACGGUGCAGUGCUCAACAAGUAAAGGAUCUGAGGGCUAUCUCUUGUAUGGAUAUCACAAAAGUCGAAAAGCAUACUUAGGUUCAGGUUGAAAGAUUUUAAACAAUUAUUGAAUGAGGUUUUUCUGAUGUCCGGAAUAAUCAUGUCAGCAGCCGAGCCGAAAGCCGAGGCUGCUCAGUAACACUUACCUAGACCUCGAUUUUUCCGGAUAUCACAAAAACCGAAUCUAAUAACUGCCGUGUUAUAAAUUGUUUUGAAAUAAAUAACGGCAAAUACACCGUCCUACAGUGCUCUUGGAAAUCACGCAUUGCGCGCGCAACCUAGAGAUUGGUCAUUUAUCUGCUAGCAGAUAACUAACUAAUCCGUAGGUUACGUUGAUUUCUAAAAUUGACUUUAGCUCUUAGCCAGUGGGAAGAUAGAUAGUGAGUACAAUGUAUGAUAAUCUUACUUAUUUCAACCUUGUUUCCAUUCUCCUUUAGUGCACUGGAAGCGGCGGCCGCCCUUGGAGGAGAGGGCCUGAUCCCAUUUUAUGGCCUCUUAGAGGGUGGUCGAGAAGGUGAACUGUUUGCUGAACUCGAGGAUUAUUUCUAUUACGCGCAGAUUAGAAGGUCAGUUUCUCUUAGAUUGUUCACUGAUCUUUCUUGGAAGACCUUUUUCUUUGUAAUGUUCUCAUUUAUUAUGCUCAAAAGUUAUCUUUGCUUUAUCCUGUAUAUGAUUACGUGGCCUCAAUUUGGUUGAUAUGUCACUCCGUCCGCCAAUUUGAUAAUUAAAUUUGUAAAUUGGCGGAGCUAUAAUGACUAGAGCUUACAAAUAGCGAAAAAAAAAAUUCAAUGCCCUACCCCUUGUGACUUUCUUAUUUUAGCCAAGGUGUGGACACGACAGACACCAGGCAGGUAUCGACCAAAGUUCCUUUGGCUCAAGUGCCCUACAUUAUGCGAGCCUUGGGGUUCUACCCCACCGAACAGGAGGUAUGUUAUUACAAUUUGGUCAUUGCACACUUGUCUAAGGUAGCACAAGAUCAAAAUAAUAUGUAAUUUUUCUGGGAUGUGAUUGUCAGCAUGUCCUGAGAAUUAACGGAUUUAUAUCAAGUUUGUCUUGGAACCUUAAGAGGUUGAUCAGACAGUCGAAUAUAUCCAAAGGUUUCGAAGUCUUUCCCACAAUGUAGAAAUUCCAAAGAUGUCAUAGGGUUUCUGUUCGCAAUAAAUAGAGCACUCUUCCCUUAUUAAGAAUCCAACAGAAUUUCUAGUCUUGGAAGGGAUCCUUCAAUGCUACAGUCGGUGACAAAAUUAUUAGACGUUUUUAUUGACGUUUUGCCAACUUUAAAAGGGAGAAUAUAAAACUUUCCCGCCCACCUCCUCCAUGCAAAGCUGUAGUGCUGUUCGUGCAACCUGUUGGAAACAACGGACACCAAAACUUUGAAUGGAGGGGAGGAGGGGUGUGGACUGUUUUGUGUUCUCGGAAGUUACCUCAUUUAGGACAGUGUCUCAACAAUUUUGUCGUCGAUUGUAGUUCAUUUCUGGAGAAUUUCCUCUAUUGAAUUUCUCGUUUUUUUUCCAGAUCGAUGACAUGAUUAACGAAUUGAAAUUUCGUGACUACGUUGCUACUGGGAAAUACGUUACUGAAAUCGAUCUUGGUCAAUUCAUUAGACGUAAGUAUUGUACAAAUAACUAAAACGUGGUACACUCGCUGACUUGCAACACAACAAAAACUCCAACGUUUUACUAUGCCGUCAGACACAACGGUUUCACAACAGAGUAAGUGUAAAUUUGAGAUUCCAAAUUUCGGGGGCCGUUGGUAAUGUACGGCUGAAAAUAUACAGGUUACCUAACUUUAAUAUGCUCUUUCAGUUCCUGCUAACAAAAUUUUCCAAAAGUGAACUGUUUUCGUGUCUACAGAAAGUUUUUUUUUCACGUGAUCAACUAUUGCAAAGGGCUAUAGUAUGUGCGUGUUGUGAUUGGUCAUAGGUAUCACAAUGGUUUUAGUUUGACGUUCAACUAAAAACCCAUGUGAGGCUUUAUCGUACAUCGUAUUUCCAACCUAAAAGCUCCUCUGUUAUGUUACAGUGUACGUUAACCAUCGUCCAGCCUUCGGGUUAUCGCCGUUUGACUUGCACGAGGCAUUUAACAAACUGGGAAUUCCAGGUGACCAGGGUUUCGCUAUUGACCGUGACAGACUUCUUUCUCUGCUCCAGAACAAAGGUAUGGGACUAACGAUAGUCAGGAAAUUUAAAAAGGAAGAAGUCUCUGAACUCUCAGUCAGUACACUGAUGUGUAAUCAGUUGAAAACCACCCCUCACGCUCAAAUAAGUUCGGGUCAGUUCCAGUUCAGAGCCGUUGUCUGACACCUUGUUCUUUCGAGCGUGUCGAUUUCUCAAAUCAUGUAGUGUAGAUUUCGGGGAUGUUACGUUAUGCUAGUAAGGGUGGGCGUCUUGGUCGACAGUGGCCCAGUACUUUUACGACCUGCCCAACCGUGUCCGCGGGGCGCCUCUCUGAGAAUCUUAAUUGUUAAUGUGACAUACUCAAUGUGACAAGAUCGGCAGAUCGGUAUUGAAAAGGAUGAGGGAAUGACCCGGGGAGUUGAUCAUACUUGGUCGAAAAUUCGUUUUUUAAUAUGACAAAAGCUCCACCUUAAGAUUUCAUUAUUUACGUCCACAACUAUUCCCGUUUCUUGUACUUCUUGAAAAAAAUUUUUGGUAUGCUUUUUAUAGGCGAGCACAUGACGGAAGGCGAGAUGGCCGAGUAUAUGUCCACCUUAUUGGGUAUUGGAGAAUUAGGUGGUAGCGCGGAGACUGGGACUUACGACGCAUCUAACGCAGCCGAGCUGUUAAGAGAGCAUCUGCCAGAGAACAUAACUGCGGAUAAUUUUGCCGCACAGGUUUUGGGUUUUCUAACCGAGGGAGAGGGGACAGUUAGUACCAGCUAAAAACCAGUUUUGUUACAGAUUUUAUUUAAUUGCAUAGGCUUCGUACAGUACAGAAAAGAAACUGUUUUUAGGUUUGUGUGUUUUCUGUCUUUUCGCGAUAAACGCUGAAAACUCUUAUCUUCCUAGAGUGAAAACUUUAAAUUAACGCCUUGCUUCAUUGUAAAUAUGUAUAUACGUACACAAUCUCCAUAUAACGUGUGUAAAAACUAUAUAUUAGAAGAACCAGAUUCUAAUAAAGUUGUAUGUAUG